CAAAACCUGAAAAAUGUAAAUACUUCUUCCUGUACCAUCCGGAAGUUUGGUCGAGUCCGCGUUCGUAUAGCCUGAGUCAUCCGACCUCCAGCUAAGAACAAAACGACCGAGGACUUAUCUUUCAAAGGGUCGAGACCAUUAGCUCGUCCCGAAACACAUAAACAUCGCACUAUUGUCACACAUCGAAGACCAAGAUGGCGCAAUAUCCUGAUUUCAUCGUCCCUCCUCAUCUCGCCCAGUACAACGUCCCUCUGCCCGAAUUCGCCGCGUCAAAACCACACCUGACAGAUUUUGUCGUCGGGGGACUGGUAUAUUCUCACUCCGUCGAAAAAGACGAUGACGCCGCCGAAUCGACAAGCGAAGAGCCAGUUACGCGCGUUCUGCUCCUCCAACGCGCCGCCACCGACUCGUACCCCGGUCACUGGGAAGGAGCAGGAGGGAUGUGCGAGCGCACCGAUGCGACCCUGCUAGCCGGUGUAGCGCGCGAAGUCUUCGAGGAGACGGGCCUCCACGUUUCCAAAUUCGUCGAUCUAAUUGCGAUUGACGAGUGGUCGCGGAUUUUGCGGGAUGAGUUGCACCGUGUAGCCAAGUUCACGUUUCUGGUUGAGGUGCAUGAGGCGAGUGGGAAGGCAGGUGUGCCGUCCGAGGAUGUGGUGGUGGGAGUUGCGCCGGAGCGCUGGGAGGAUGGGGUGAAGUUGGAGCAGGCUGAGCAUCAGGCGUUUGAGUGGGCGAUAGAGGAGGAGGUGCGUGAGAGUUUAGAGUCGCAGGGCAAGUAUAAGUUUCUGAAAGAUCAAGGUUGGAAUUUGUUGAAGGGGUUUGAAUUGCUGAGGAGGACUACAUCGGCUGAGGGGAGUCGAGGAUGAUACUCUAAACCCAACGGCCGUCUGAGGCUCGAAAUUCGCCAUCGCAGGUUUUGUAUAUGAUGUUACCAUGUCUUAUGUGCUAUGCUGCAUUUCCUGAUCCUGUUACAUGGCUUUUGAUACGCAGCCUUAGAAAUGACCAAAAGAAGA